AUUCUCGCGAGAGCUUGGGAAGGAGCAGCGAUGGCGGCGGCUGGAGCGGGUCCUGGUCCGGGAGUCAGCGCCGGCCCUGGUCCCGGAGCCGCUGCAAGUGCCACAACGGCGGAGGACCGAGAGACAGAGCCGGUGGCCGCGGGGGCUGGCGAGGGGCCGUCAGCCGCCCCGGGAGCGGAGCCCAGCUCCGGAGAGGCCGAAAGUGGGGAUGCAAACUUGGUUGAUGUAAGUGGUCUGGAGACAGAAUCUUCUAAUGGAAAAGAUACUUUGGAAGGUACCGGAGACACUUCAGAAGUGAUGGAUACCCAGGCGGGCUCUGUGGAUGAGGAGAAUGGGCGGCAGUUGGGAGAAGUGGAGUUGCAGUGUGGGAUAUGUACAAAAUGGUUCACCGCUGACACCUUUGGAAUAGACACGUCGUCAUGUCUGCCUUUUAUGACCAACUACAGCUUCCAUUGCAAUGUGUGCCAUCACAGUGGGAAUACCUACUUUCUCCGGAAGCAAGCAAAUUUAAAAGAAAUGUGCCUUAGUGCCUUGGCGAAUUUGACGUGGCAGUCUCGAACACAGGAUGAACAUCCAAAAACCAUGUUCUCCAAAGAUAAGGAUAUUAUACCAUUUAUUGAUAAAUACUGGGAAUGUAUGACAACCAGACAGAGACCUGGAAAAAUGACUUGGCCCAAUAACAUUGUCAAAACAAUGAGUAAGGAAAGAGAUGUGUUCUUGGUAAAGGAACACCCUGACCCAGGAAGCAAAGACCCAGAAGAAGAUUACCCCAAGUUUGGACUUUUGGAUCAGGAUCUUAGUAAUAUUGGUCCUGCUUAUGACAACCAGAAACAAAGCAGUGCUGUGUCUGCUAGUGGGAACCUAAAUGGUGGAGCCACUUUGGGAGGGGGGAUCGCAGCCGGAAGCAGUGGGAAAGGAAGAGGAGCCAAGCGUAAGCAGCAAGAUGGAGGGACAACAGGGACCACCAAGAAGGCCAGAAGUGAUCCUUUAUUUUCUGCUCAGCGUCUCCCUCCUCAUGGCUAUCCUUUGGAACAUCCAUUUAACAAAGAUGGCUAUCGGUAUAUUCUUGCUGAGCCCGAUCCUCAUGCCCCCGACCCGGAGAAGCUUGAACUUGACUGCUGGGCGGGAAAGCCUAUUCCUGGAGACCUUUACAGAGCCUGCUUAUAUGAACGAGUCUUGUUAGCCCUACAUGAUCGAGCUCCCCAGUUAAAGAUCUCUGAUGACCGGCUGACCGUGGUUGGAGAGAAGGGCUACUCCAUGGUCCGGGCCUCUCAUGGGGUACGCAAAGGGGCCUGGUACUUUGAAAUCACUGUGGAUGAGAUGCCCCCAGACACUGCUGCCAGGCUGGGCUGGUCCCAGCCCUUAGGUAACCUCCAAGCUCCCUUAGGCUAUGAUAAGUUUAGCUAUUCUUGGCGGAGCAAGAAAGGCACCAAGUUCCACCAGUCCAUUGGCAAGCACUAUUCGUCUGGCUACGGACAAGGGGACGUCCUAGGGUUCUAUAUCAACCUUCCCGAAGACACAGAGACAGCCAAGUCACUGCCGGACACCUACAAAGAUAAGGCUUUGAUAAAGUUCAAGAGUUAUUUGUAUUUUGAAGAAAAAGACUUUGUGGACAAAGCAGAGAAGAGCCUAAAACAGACCCCCCAUAGUGAGAUAAUAUUUUAUAAAAAUGGUGUCAAUCAGGGUGUGGCUUACAGAGAUAUUUUUGAAGGAGUUUACUUCCCAGCCAUCUCACUGUACAAGAGCUGCACGGUUUCCAUUAACUUUGGACCAUCCUUCAAAUACCCUCCAAAGGAUCUCACGUACCACCCUAUGAGUGACAUGGGCUGGGGCGCUGUGGUAGAACACACACUGGCUGAUGUUUUGUAUCACGUGGAGACAGAAGUGGACGGAAGACGUAGUCCACCCUGGGAACCCUAACCAGUCCUUGCUUCUGGUGACACUGUAAAAUAAUCCUGGGGGUUUUGUUUUUGUUUUUAUAAAGUGUCAAAUGUUUUCCAAGAGAUGCUGCAGUACACUUUGAUCAAGGUAAAAGGGUGGGUGGGACUGCAGCAGUGCCUGCUCUUCAGCAUCCCUGCCCCACACAACUACUUACUCUGAGUGCCAUAAAUCAGCCGCUCCCUGUAAGGCUGCUGCUGUGCCCAGACCUGCCAGGGAGGACCUGUUACUUUCCUGUGUCUGUGUGUUCCAAAGAGCGAGUAAUCAUGCUCAGACAGCUUGCUUGAGGAUGUUGGAUCCCCUGGUUUCUGGGGAGGCAAGCUUGUUUGAGUGGCUGAAAUCAAUGGCAUUCCAUUCCAGAGCAGUCUAAAGGCAGUCUUUUUGGUGUGGAGUUUGGGGAUCAUCUGGGAAGCUAGUGGGUUCUAUAAACUAUAAUUGUGAAAGGAAUAUGCCUACAGGGUUUAAAAGAUAGAUCUUUCCUCCAAUAAAACUUGUUUUCAAGCUUGUAUGGUACUUGGCUUCACUGGAAGUGAAGUUCCUGUUGACCCUGUUAGCAGUGUGAGCAGUGUGACGGGGACAACACUGGCAGGGUGGGACAGGCGCUUUUAUUGCUGUCCUCCCCGGGUCACCAGGCGCUUUCACUGCCCUGUGUACAGUGGACUCUCAGGGAGAGCAAGACUGUAGCAGGCCUCCAGUCCGUGUCUUGGAACUUGGUGCUGAUAUGUGCGGCUUGUCCUCUUGCCUGCCUUUCUAGUAGCCAGCCAGGGGUUAGGAUCAAAGAAUGAUGAGGAGCCUGCCUUACGAGGAUGCCUUAAUGACCUCCGAUUUUAAAUACAUAAGUCUGUGGCAAAUGCAAAAUCCUACACUGACCUAAAGACUUCCCUUUUUUGUGUAGCCUUUUUUGUUUGUUUGCUUUGUUUUGUUUUAACUUAAGUACUAGUGAUAUAAAGUGACUAACCAGGAGCUAGGUAGGAUGCAGAAUUAUAUUCUAAGUAUUUUGUUUUGCUAUUUAAGAAAUUUCCCAAGCCGGGCGUGGUGGCGCACGCCUUUAAUCCCAGCACUUGGGAGGCAGAGGCAGAUUUCUGAGUUUGAGGCCAGCCUGGUCUACAAAGUGAGUUCCAGGACAGCCAGGGCUACACAGAGAAACCCUGUCUCGAAAAAACCAAAAAACAACAACAACAAAAAAAAGAAAUUUCCCGGGCUGGCGAGAUGGCUCAGUGGUUAAGAGCACCAACUGCUCUUCUGAAGGUCCCGAGUUCAAAUCCCAACAACCACAUGAUGGCUCACAACCAUCCAUAACGAGAUCUGAUGCCCUCUUCUGGAGUAUCUGAGGACAGCUACAGUGUACUUACAUAUAAUAAAUAAAUCUUUAAAAGAAAGAAA